UCGGCAAAGGCGGAAGUAGAGUCGACGACAACAACAACAGCCGUGGCAGCGGCGGUUCUCCGUGUUCCGCGACGACAGUUGACGAGGACGACAGGAGCUUCAUUUAGCGAACGCUUCUUGGUUCCAGCUCAUAACGUGCCGCUCGCGUAGCGUUUUUACGGCCUUUACUGUUUACAUUUAGUCACAAAAUGUCGCUUUUUGCCAAGAUGUUCGGCAGCGGGGGAAAGGGUGGCAAAGCGCCCACACCCCAGGAGGCUGUCCAGCGGCUCCGGGAGACCGAGGAGAUGUUGGCCAAAAAGCAGGACUUUCUAGAGAAGAAGAUCGAACAGGAGCUCGUCACGGCCAAGAAAAACGGCACGAAAAACAAACGAGCGGCUCUACAGGCCUUGAAGAGGAAAAAGCGCUACGAGAAGCAGCUGGCUCAGAUCGACGGCACGCUGUCCACCAUUGAGUUCCAGAGGGAGGCGCUGGAGAACGCUAACACAAACACAGAAGUGCUGAAGAACAUGGGAUACGCUGCUAAGGCGAUGAAGGCUGCGCAUGAAAACAUGGACAUUGACAAGGUAGACGAUCUGAUGGCCGACAUCACAGAGCAACAGGAGGUGGCUCAGGAAAUCUCAGAUGUCAUUUCCAGACCAGUCGGAUUUGGAGAAGACUACGAUGAGGACGAGCUCAUGGCCGAGCUGGAGGAGCUGGAACAGGAAGAGCUGGACGUUCACCUUUUGGAAGUUGAAGGAACGGCCGAUAUCCCUCUACCCAGCGUACCUUCUUCACUACCAUCCAGACCAGCCAAGAAGAAGGUGGAAGAAGACGAAGACGACAUGGCAGACCUUGCGGCGUGGGCAACUCAGUAAACAACCUGCCUCCUGGCUAGCGCCCCUCUCCUGUCUGUGUACCACCACAGUGGUACAGGGCGUCUAGAGGAGAGACAGGGACUGUGGGCUGCUGGCAUGCUGCUCUGUCUUAAACCUAGUCCUUAUAUCUAAUCAUACCCUGACCUUGAAGUGUGCACUUGUGCAUGUUUGCUGGCUCCAAAUGAAACAAACCUGGGCUUUUCUCUUCUGAUUAAUGUCAAGUAGGAAUCACGUGUCUUUGUCUCCAAAGGGCAUAAAAACAAAAGUCAUGUCAUAACAGCCCAUGGUUAUGAAUUAUGAAGUGUUUUUGUAAGAAACGCGGUUCAUAAAUGAGCACUUAGAGCAGGAGCAAGUGCAUACUUCCAGGGAAUGGCGUGUGGAGGAACAAGGCUCCUUUCUGGGAAGAAUGUGAAGAAUCAACAGGGGUAAAAAAGCAAAACCAGACAGACGUGACUCAGCCAUUUUUCUGCUUUCUGCGUUGGCAUCUUUCUGCUCUCCAAAGACGACAAGGACCCUUUGUGCACGGCUACAAAACGAUGAAUCAUAAUCAUGUCGGACGUUCUCAGUGAAAUGUCACUCUGAUGACAGCGUCUUCUUUUGACCCCGCUGCUAUUCCUGUGUCCUCCUAUUCCGUGUCCUGCUUUUUAGCUGAUUUGAUUUGAUCAAGCUGCUAUUCCUAAAACAUUUAAUCAUGGAGGCAAGUGAGUAAAUUGGGCUGAUUAUCUAAAAGGACUUGAUGCCACCCAAACAUAAUAUUACCUGAUAGCAUAAAGUAAUGUUCCGGUGUAAUGCUGCCCUGACGUCAACCAAAGCUAUAGUGUACAGUCCAUAUGCUGUUGUCAGAAGUGGGGGAGCUCAAACGUCAACAGUGACAUGCUCUGAGAAAAUGAAUUUAAAAAAAUGAAUUUAAAGAUAAUGUGUGCGAGUGUGUUUGAUGUUUUCUUAGCCUUUUCACACAGUGACCUCUUGUAAUUAUUUAGCAAAACUGAGCUGGAUGGUUUUGUUUUUCUGCUGCUCUUGACACUUUAGUGCAAACAAGAUUUAAACAUGAGGAUUCAUACUGGUCAUAAAACAGUAAGAGUGAUUUGUAAGUUCUCUGCACAGCUUUCUGUGGCUGUAGCUCCUUGUAUCUCCUGUCAGAAGAUGCCAACCAGAGUCCAAGCGAUGACCUCGACUGCGAUUUUAAAGACACUUCAAAUGUCACUCAUGCCAUAUUUGACUGGUACAAAGAGGUUGGACACUGGGGAUUUCCUGUGUGGCAGCCAUGUUGCUCUGUUGACUGUUGUUAAUGUGGGGUUGUAUACAGUUUAUCUUAAUAAAGUUGGGAUUCGGUACAAGUAUCA